CGCGACUUUAGUAGUACGCUGUAAGCUAGGUCAUAAAACAGGUGUGUUGUGGCAGUAGCAAACCCGAUCACCACGUGUGACCUACAUUCACACGACAUACUAAAGCAGUGUACAUUUUCGAUGUGAAAGUGCCUUAAACCGAAGACUGACCCCAAGCGAGCCCUCGCGGACAAACGCAUCAGUGAUAAAUUGUGAUAUUAGUUUUCUAAGUGACUACGAUGCCGGCGCCGGUCGAAGAAACCCUCAACGAUCAGGAUCUGAUCGAGAAGAACGAAAUCGACGAAGUGGGCUCGCUGUCGUUCUCGCCGCCUCCGUCCAAACUCCUGGAAACCAGAGACAGCAUCUCCUCCAUCGACAGCGACGUGUCGUUGUCGUUCGAUCGCAGUCCCGUUACCGAAGAGAACCCAGCUGAAGCCGAAGAUGAAGGCGCCCACAUGGCGGAUUUGUCCGACAGCGCGUCCGACACGGGAUCGGCCGGGGGCGGCAAGGACUCGGGCUGCGAAGUCACCCCUGAAGUGACGGAGCCGCCCUUCCAACCCCCUUCGGACGAACUCGCCGACAAGAUCGUCCAGCAAGUGGAGUUCUACUUUUCGGACGCUAACAUAACGAAAGACGCCUUCUUGCUCAAACACGUGAAGAGGAACAAGGAAGGGUAUGUGAGUUUGAAACUGAUUUCUAGUUUCAAGAGAGUUAAGCACUUGACGAAAGAUUGGAGGGUGGUUGCCCAUGCUUUGUCCCGUUCUACCAAACUAGAAAUUAACGAAGCGGGAACGAAGCUCAGACGUUUAGACCCUUUGCCUCAGUACGACGAAACUACCCCAUCACGUACCGUGGUCGCCGUCCACAUGCCCAUAGAUAAAGCUACCAUCGAAAACGUAGCGGAACUCUUCAAAGUUUGUGGCGAGAUCGCUUUAAUCAGGAUUCUGCGCCCGGGUAAUCCGAUUCCAGCUGACGUGCGACAAUUCAUCAACAAGAAUCCUUCUUUAGCCGGAGUUGUCUGCGCAUUAGUCGAGUUCGUCACGUCUGAAUCAGCUAGAAAUGCCAUCCAGCUUCAACACACCCUAGGGGAACCUAUGAAGGUAUACGAACUGAACAACGUUCCUCAUCCUGAACGCAAGAAGAAAGCCAACAAGAAACCGAACAACAACAACGCUAACAAUAACAAAAAUUUCUCCGACACGGAUUACAUCAGCUCUUGUCAAAGUAGCUCAGAAGCGGAAGAUCUAAAGAAAGGGGCAAGGCUCCGUCGGGGUUCCUCUGCUCAUUUCCCCUCGAGGUACAUCGAGCCGGCAGCUUGGCUCCAACGCCGCUUGUCGGCUUCAAGCACCGAGGCCAACUUCAUCUACAUGCCGAGACGCUUGAGCUACAGCAGCAGGGACUCGAGCGACUCGAGUUUGUUCCUUCCGCGAAGAAUGAGCGCUUGCAGUCUUUCAGGCUCUGAAAACAACUACAACAGGCGUUUAUCUUCGGCUAGCCAGUCUUCCGAGUAUAGCAAUCCGAGGUCCAGAAGCAACAGUACUGCUUUCCAGAACGGCGAAAACGUGGUGCGAUUGCCACGUGGUCCUGAUGGGUCCAAAGGGUUCCGACAGAGACCUUUGACGGCUAUAGCUCAAUGAGGAGAGGUUAGAGCAUGACAGUUAGAGCCUUGAUGCUGAACUUUUACUUGCCUAACGGCUAAAUUCGGAGAGGGGAUUGUUUUUUCUAUUUUUUUAUAAUGGGAAAACUGUUUUGUAUCUUCUUAAGCGAUUUAGGACCUUGAAUGAUGAAUGAAAUUUAAUUCGCGAAUGCAUAAUUCAGAACACGACCCACUUACUUUUUUAUAAUGUCUAGCUUCGACUUUCACCCAAAUGCGGUUUGUAUUAUAAUAAUGGUGAUUAUUAGCGAAAAAUUUAGAAAUUUCUACCUAAUUGGAAUUAAUUUGUUACGCUUUUUACAUUGCGGAAAAAUGAUUGGAUUCUUCUGAAAAGCACGAAACUUCACUUUAUUGGUUCAUUUUUUUUCCUGUACUUAUUAUAUCGUAGUUAGAAUACUUUAAUAAUUAUCUUACUUUCUACAUGUGUUAAUUAGGUUAAUUAUAGAUUUAACGCUUCAUUUUCUUAUUCUAUUGUUUUGUUUUAAAAACAUUUAUUAUAACUAGCACCGUUGCUUAAAAAAAUAAGAUGUCGAUAGGUCGUAAGUUAUGGAUUUUAAAACGUACUUUAGAAUGACACGUCGACCUUGUGUAGAUUUUUUAUCAAAAUAACUGUUUAAUGUUAUACACUUUUGAGGUGUUUAUGCUACUUGCAUGCAAUCUUUGCGGAAUUUUCUCCUCUAGAAUUAAUUUCUGAUUUCUAGGUGUGUAAAUUUCAUUUUGUACAUAAGCGUAUUUAUUAUUUCCUUAUUUAUUUCGAUUACUUUUUACUGUAAUUGUGAAACUGUUUUGAGAUGAGUGUUUUAUUUAUUUAUUUGUUGUCUAUUAUAAUUUGCAUUAAAUUUCUGGGAGAAA